AUGGAGCAAGUCAGCCAACCUGAUCAAAUGAACCACUUCCAACAUCUCAAUCGAAUUGCUCUCCAUGAGUUUGUCCGACUACCAGUCUCUCGUGAGAUGGUGGCGCAUCUAGCGAUGCAAGCCUCACAGGUCAUCCACUGCGAACCUCAUGUGACCACGGCCAGCGCUCAUGGUCAACCAACACCUCCCAGUACACCUCCAUUGGAUGCGGUUGAUUCUCAACUUCCGCCUUUGCCCUCAGUCGAAAUGUUUAUCGCUUCGCUAGUCACCCGCUCUCAGGUUCAGGUUCCUACCCUGAUGACCUCCCUAGUCUACCUGGCCCGUUUACGUUCUCGUCUCCCGCCUGUCGCAAAAGGCAUGCGCUGCACUGUUCAUCGCAUCUUUCUUGCUUCCCUCAUCUUGGCAGCCAAGAACCUAAAUGACUCUAGCCCAAAGAACAAGCAUUGGGCCCGUUAUACUACCGUCAAGGGCUAUGAGGGGUUUGCCUUCUCCCUCCCAGAGGUCAACCUGAUGGAGCGACAGCUUCUGUUCCUCCUGGAUUGGGAUACCCGCGUUACUGAAGAGGACCUGCUCUGUCACCUGGAACCGUUCUUGGCCCCCAUUCGUUACCGGUACCAGGUCCAAGAGCGUGAAGCCGAGAUGCGCCAGCCCCGCGAAUGGCGCCGUCUUCAGGCUUCCGCAGAACUCCUUGCUUGUCGUCUUCGUCGUCAGAAAUUGGAAGCUCGCCUUGAGGCUCGUCGAUCAAACUCGGUACAUCGUCGUCAGCGAUUACCUGCGAGCCCUGCAUCGUCUGGGUCACUGUCUUCCAUGUCAUCCAACGCAUCGCCAGCUUCCCUGGCAGACACUGAUCGCCACAAGCCCUAUCGUCCGCGGAGACGCCCGUCGACCCGCAGCGCUGCCUCUGUCUCCCCUCCAUCUGCGCAGGAUGUGCCAUCCUUGACUCGAGUGGAUACGGUGCCUUCAUUGAGCUCGCGCGCAUCUAGCAUUGCGCCAAGUUCCCGAAAUGCCACCCCCGCUAGUCUGCGCCCAUCCAGCUCUAUCACCAGCAUGGAGGCUGAUAUUCGAGUGGUAGAUGGAGCGCGUAGCCCAUCUCUCAGUUGCGGAUAUAUACCCGUAUCUUCAAUGACGGCUUCCAACCCCAAGAUGGAAGAAAUUCAGCAGCCUACCAAGAAGGUUCGGAUGAACGGACAUGCUGGGCACACUGGAUUCGUCGCUCGAUUCCUGGCUUCUGCCGCUGGCUCUUACAUGGGUGGCCGAAUGCGCUCUCACGUUUAA